AUGAGUUCCAUUGAUGAAGAAACGUCACUCCUCGAAGUUGAAGAAUCUCUUUUACAGGUCUCAUCCUCAAGGGUCUAUGAGGAAGUGAAAUUGUAUGCUGAAGAUGGCUCAGUAGACAUUAAUGGAAACCCACCAUUGAAACAGACAACAGGAAAUUGGAAAGCUUGUCCAUUCAUUUUUGCCAACGAAUGCUGCGAAAGAUUAGCUUACUACGGCAUUGCCAAGAAUCUAAUCACCUACUUCGCAAAUGAAUUGCAUGAGACCAAUGUUUCUGCGGCUAGACACGUCAUGACAUGGCAAGGGACAUGUUACAUCACUCCUCUCAUCGGAGCUCUAAUAGCUGAUGCUUAUUGGGGGAGAUAUUGGACAAUUGCUUGUUUCUCCGCCAUUUAUUUCACCGGUAUGGUUGCACUGACACUCUCAGCUUCAGUUCCUGGUCUGAAGCCAGAGAAAUGCAUUGGUUCCAUCUGUCCACCAUCAACAACGGCUCAGCGAGCGGUUUUGUUAUCAGGGCUUUACCUCAUCGCUCUCGGCACCGGAGGAAUCAAACCAUGUGUCUCAUCAUUCGGUGCUGAUCAGUUUGAUCACACCGAUCCAAGCGAACGAGCCAGAAAAGCUUCUUUCUUCAACUGGUUCUACUUCUCCAUCAACAUCGGUGCCUUUGUCUCAUCUACUCUUCUUGUUUGGAUCCAAGAGAUUAACGGUUGGGAAUUAGGGUUUUUGAUACCUACCGUGUUCAUGGGGCUAGCUACUGUGAGUUUCUUCUUUGGCACUCCUCUCUACAGGUUUCAGAAACCUAGAGGCAGCCCCAUUACAAAACUUUGGAACCUCUCCACUGUGACUACUCAAGUGGAAGAAGUUACGAUUCUGUUACGUUUGGUUCCCAUUUGGGCCUCAGGCAUCGUCUUCUCCGUCCUCCACUCACAGAUCUACACUCUCUUUGUCCAACAAGGACGGUCCAUGAAACGAACCAUGGGCUCCUCCUCGUUCGAGAUUCCUCCAGCUUGUCUAGGCGUGUUCGACACGGCAAGUGUCUUCAUCUCAGUCCCAAUCUACGACAGACUCAUCGUUCCCUUUGCGAGAAGGUUCACAGGGUUAGCUAAAGGACUCACCGAGCUGCAACGAAUGGGGAUCGGACUUUUCGUCUCUGUGCUGAGCUUGACGGUUGCAGCUGUCGUGGAAACGUUGAGGUUACGGUUAGCUAAAGAUCUUGAUCUUGAAUUGACAAUCUUGUGGCAGAUUCCUCAGUACUUUCUUAUGGGAACUGCUGGUGUGUUCUUCUUCGUUGGGAGGAUAGAGUUUUUCUACGAGGAGUCUCCGGAUUCGAUGAGAAGCUUGUGUAAUGCUUGGGCUCUUUUAACAACCACGCUUGGAAACUACUUGAGCUCGUUGAUCGUUACGGUCGUGGCGUGUUUGAGUGGUAAAGAUGAUGGUUGGAUUCCUUCGGAGAAUCUUGACAGUGGCCAUCUUGAUUACUUCUUCUGGCUUUUGGUUUGUCUGGGCUCUUUGAACAUUCCUGUUUUUGUAUACUUCUCUGUGAAAUACACUCAGAGGAAGGUUUGA